CAGUCACGUACCAUGAUUUGUGCCUAAAAAACACUUGCCAAAAGAACUUAUGAAACACCACACACACCUGGUACCUGAGUAUUGUGACUCAUCGAAAAUGCCAAAAUAAUUGUGACUCGUUUAAGUGUAUAUAUAUUAAUAAGUAAGGCACACACAUCUUGGUAUAUUUCAUCGCUGGGAAGGCUCGUGGACUGAAGACACAAACUAUAAGCUGCUUUCGGAGACUAACACAAAUAAACCAUGAGUUUUGUCUUGGCGUUAGUUCUGUGCAUCUCCGUUUCCGCUACAGUUCUCCCAACAGGAGCGCGGGCGGAGUUCCAGCGAUGCGUCCCGAGGCAGUACCAGUACGACAGCAUCGUGUGCGUGUGCAACGCCACCUACUACGACACCGUGGAGCCCGUGUCCGAGGGGCAGAUCUCCGGGGGAGCCGCCAAGCACUACGUGUCCGACAUGGCCGGCCGGAGGCUGGAGCCCAUGCUCAUGAAGUUCAGCGCCAGCGGUGCCAGAAAGAGCGCUGUUAGCUACAGCGUCGACAGAAGCGUCACGUACCAGAAAAUGUUGGGAUUUGGGGGAGCAGUUUCUGACUCAGCCGCCAUCGUCACGAGCCAACUCAGCAAGGGAGCUCAAGAACAUUUGCUCAGGUCAUACUUUGGACAAGAAGGUAUCGACUACAGCUUAAUACGCCUCCCAAUGGGCGGGUCAGAUUUCUCCACCCGAUAUUACUCCUUGGAUGACGUAAGCGGAGACACGACCCUGCAACAUUUCAGUUUGACAGAAGAGGAUUACAAAUACAAGAUUCCGUUCGUGAAGCGACUCCAGGAAAUCAGCCCCCGACCCGUGAAGCUGUUCACGACCGCCUGGUCGGCUCCCGACUGGAUGAAGGACAUCGGGACGAACAUCGGCUACAGCUCGCUGAAGACCCAGUACUACCAACUGUGGGCUGAAUACUUCAUCAAGUUCCUGGACGCCUACACAAAGGAGAACGUGACUUUCUGGGCCAUCACGCCCCAGAACGAGCCGACGCACGGGACCAUCUUCCACACCAAGUUCAACAACAUGGGCUGGACGGCGGGGGACCAGCUGACGUGGCUCGCCGACCACCUCAUACCGGCCCUCCGGGAGAGACACCCGGGCGUCGAGUUGAUGCUGUUCGACGACCAGAGACCGUACCUCAAGGAGUGGAUGGACCUGCAACUGGCUAAUGAAACGGUGAGGAAAUACGCAUCUGGAAUGGGCGUCCACUGGUACGCAGACAUACUGGCGGCUGCCUCCGUCAUGGACACGGUUCAUCAAGAAUACCCAGAGAAGUUCUUACUUUACACAGAGUCGUCAGUUAUUCACCUGGGGAACGUCAAGGCAGUGAGGCUGGGACUCUGGGAGCGUGGUGAGCAGUACAUGACCAGCAUCACCGAGGUGAGCAACCACUGGGUGUCCGGCUGGGUGGACUGGAACCUGGCCCUGGACACAGACGGCGGCCCCAACUGGGCCAACAACUCGGUGGACGGCGCGGUCAUCGUCAACGCCACGGCCGACGAGUUCUACAAGCAGCCCAUGUUCUACGCGCUGGCGCACUUCUCCGCCUUCGUGCAGCCGGGGUCCGUGCGCGUGGGGCUCCGGGCGGAGGGCGACUCCGACCUGCAGGCCGUGGCCUUCCUCACGCCCGAGAACGUCACCGUCCUCGUCUUCCACAACGUAGAUGGCGAUGACGUGGAUGUUGUCAUCAAAGACUCUGAAAGGGGCAGUCUCUCUGUGAAGAUCAGCGGGACCAGUUUCAACACCAUUCUUUACAAAUAAGAAAACUUAUGCCAGAGUCGCAAUUGACGCAACACGAUGGCCGCAAUGCAAUGAACGUGGCGCCGAAUAAAAAUAAAAAUUUCUUAGCCAAAUA